AUGAAGUCAAGCCUCGUUGCCAUUGCUCUCGCCCUCUUCGCCGGCGCUGCCCUUGCGGUUCCCGCUGAUGCCUCGGCGGCCAUGCUCGACGACCGCCAAAUGAAGGCCGUCCAUAUUCUUCACAACAACAAGGGGGCCCUUGGCCUCACCAAGGAGGAGACAGAGAAGUUUGACAAGUUCAUGACUAGCAUGCGCAAGCGAAGUCCCCAACUCGGCGCGUUGGGCGGAUUGGUGGGCGGCGGCAAGGACUCCGGCAAGGACUCCGGCAGCGACGCCGAGGGAGCGACUCCAACCGGGACCGCAGACCCCAGUGCUACUCCUACCAAUCCACCCAAACCUGGUGGUAUCUUGGGUGGCGCUCUUCUUCCCGGACUUUUGUAA